CAACUGAAUCAAGGUUGUCUGGAAUCACAAAUUAAACAGUUUUGAAAACAGGACAGUGUCGAGAUCAAUAUGAAGUUGAUAUGCCUCCUAAUGACAAAGCUCACCUUGUGAAGGCUUUUCGCAGAUCACAUCGCAAUUUUGCAAAAAUUGUCUUGAAGUUCAUCAAAUUCAACAUAGGCUGGUCAUGAUUACACCUGCAUUGCUCUUAAAGACGACGGUGACAGCCUGAAGUUUGACAAGUCAGAAGUUGCUUGUCAAAUCGCCGCUAUAUCGAUCUGUAUUCACUUUAAAUGUUGCUUUAGACACUUUGAUACAACGCAGCUUCUCUCCUACGAUCUUUGUGCACCGUUGCCCAGGAGAUGCUGGGGAUAUUACAUGUACAUGUGCUACAUCCACAAAACGUCCGCAAUAAUCCGCUUCAAGCGUAUCGACGUUUUUUGCCAUUUCAUUGAUGGUCAGAGUUGAGAAUUAGACUCACAAUGUUACCAUAAUCGAUGCGCUGGUAUUCGUAAUGGUGCAGUGAUGUCAGAGACAGGGAGCGCCCAGGGGCCAAGCUAUGGGGUGUCUUGACGCAGUUAUGUUUAGGCGGCAAAUGCCUGGAUACAGGAUCAGUCAGAACUCAGUAAGUCAACGAAAUAUAUGCAGUUAUGUUUAGACGACAAUACAUGUAGAGUGUACUUGGAUGCAAAAUCAGUCAGAACUCAGAAAGAUCAUGGAAGCGCUGUUAUACCUCAAUGGAAGUGUCGCAUUUUGUCGCAGGUCACUGAUGGCAUGUGGUCAAACAGCUUUCACCUUCCGUCAUGUACCGUAUAGCACCGUGUUCGUAGCCUACAUGAAGUAUUCAUAAAACAAUCUACUCUUUGCAGGGGGGCAAACUUGACUGGGGAAUACAUGUAAUUGCCAUAAACACCUUGCUUUGUUGAAGAAAUGCAAAAGAGAAGCAACGAAUUUACAUAUCAUGACACUUAUUCAAACAGAGCGGCCCUUCCCAACACAGACGUCCAGAGGGCGCUAUUGAAGAGACCAAGAAAAGGCGCAUCCAAGAGAGCAUUUUGAGUCCAAAACUAUGAAGAUGGUGGAUCUGAAGCCGAACAAUUUAUUUGUGCGAUCUUUCUGACGUAUUUUUCUGAGGUACAGGGCUUAUUCUUUUUUUGGGGGGGGACGUCACUGUGCGCCUUCCGCAUGAAACUAAAUGGAAAUUUAUGUGCAUGUAUAGGCUUAUAUACAAGUAGUGCCCCAAAGUUGUGUUAUUCUCUUUGUAUUGCAAACGCAGAAAAAAAAUUGCCUCUUCUUGCGAGGAGGUGUCUCUGCCUCACCUUCUGGAUCUGCCAGGGCAGUCCAAGAAAUAAACCACAUCCAAAAAUAAUGACGAGGCGGUGUCCGAAUUACCUAGCCACGCUCGGCGAUAACAAGAGUGCCUGCCUAAGCCACUAUUUAGUAACAGUGGUUGCAGAGCCUGAAUUCCUGUAGACUUCUCUGUUCAGCCAAGCCGUAGCCAAGUAGUUUGGACACAGCCUAAGGCUGGGAUUAUCCGUAUUGAUCGGGCGUAGCUGUAUACCACACCCCUCCGGAACUGCGAUGGACAACUAUCGAUUAUUUUUAGGCGUACAUGUAGUUCACAGAGUGGCGUUUAAAUCGGUUCGUGAGAGUAAGCAAAUUACACCAACAUUCAUCGUUGUAAACUCGCACUUCUCGUUUGAUUUAUUUCUCGAGACACGCCAAUACAGGGGCUCAGUGCAUUUGAUUAUGAAUGGACGGAAGACUUUCAAACACUCUUGACGCCAAGCUGGUUCCAAACUCACCCUUAACAAUGAGAGUGUCGCACUGGCCAGUCGUCUUAGCUACCGUGACCACACUGCUCUGUGGUGUAUGCAGCGCCCUCAAGUGUCACAUAUGUGAUAGUGUGGAUGGUCCAGGCCAGGACUUCUGUACUGAGGUGAAGUCAGGCGUAGACAGCACUGAACUGACGGGCAAUGUGUCGUAUACCGACUCCACCUGUGAUAAGUAUUGUAUUAAAACUGAAGUCACCCGGGGACCCGAGUACCGGGACCAGCCCGACUACGUGCUGGCCGUGGCCAGGACCUGUGGCCCCAACUGCAUCAACUACUGCUAUCCACUGGCCGCCACGGAAGUGUGCAUCCACUGCUGCAAGACGGAUCUCUGCAACGGAGCGUGCGUGUUGAACUUUGACACGGCAGCCAUAUCCGCAGGAAUUUUCCUACACGUCGUGGCUCAGCUGACAACCGGUUAAUGCAGCUUUCCCUGGCGCGGCCGCCUCGACAUGUCGUGAAGGAAGAGUCUGGUGAGCUCCUUGCGACUCUGAACCUUCCGCGUUGCCAUUCUGCCUGGUUGUUUUGAUCAGAGGUGAUAUCGGCGCAGUCAACCACAAAUCAAGUUGCGAGUCAGUCAACGGUGUGUUAAAAAUAAACACUGGCAUGGAAAUGGCCCCAUUGCAGGUAAUUCAAAGAGAGUUGUAACUUGGAUGACCUCAGAUUAACUAUAUAGUGAUAGUUUGUGAUGAUUUGUCCUUACCUGAUCACAGGAAUGGUUGCACUGAGCUCAUCUUGAUGUAAACUCGUACUAGACAGCACGAGUUGAACUCGUUAAGUUAUUAGCCACUGAAGGCGUUUCCUUUAUCGGAUUGACUGCGAUGAUGGACUGCGUUUAAUUUCAGUACAUUUUGGUGUCGUAAACAUUAAAUUUUAUGGAUAAUACUUGCGAUUCACAUGAGUGCCCCUCUAAGAGUUUGCAACGCGUUGGCC